UCAACUUUAAAAUCUCUGUAGUUCUCACAUCAUUUUCGUCACAUAUUUUUUCACAUUUUAUUUCUCAUUCACACAUCAUUCUUCAAAACAUCCACCAAUGGCUGCCGCCGCCGCCGCCGCCGCCGCCGCAUCAUCUCCCACUCUACUGUACCUCCCGGCCGCCACGCGCCGCCGCCUCUACCACCAACCACCGCCGGAAAAGCUCCCUUCCUACUCACGGCGGCGACUGCCUUCAUCGCCGGCGAUUUCCGCCGCCGUUUCGGAGAAACCACAAUCUCCCCCACCAUCUCCGGCGGCCGAGCUCCCCCUCCGGCGGAUCCCCGGCGACUUAGGUUUUCCGGUGAUCGGACCAUGGAAAGACCGGCAAGACUAUUUUUACAAUCAGGGAAAGGAAGUGUUUUUUAAAUCGAGGGCUCAGAAAUACCAGUCAACUGUUUUCCGUACGAAUAUGCCUCCGGGGCCUUUUUUUACUUCCGAAUCAAACGUCGUCGUUUUGCUCGACGGAAAAAGUUAUCCGGCGCUGUUCGACGCCGGAAAAGUUGAGAAGAAGAAUCUCUUCACCGGAACCUACGCGCCGUCCACCGACCUCACCGGCGGCUACCGAAUCUUAUCGUUUCUAGAUCCUUCCGAGCCGAGCCACGCCAAGUUGAAGCGGCUCAUGUUCUUCCUCCUCUCCCAUCGGCGCGAUCAAGUCGUUCCUGAAUUCCGGCGCGCCUAUGCCGAGCUGUUUGAUUCCAUCGAGAACGACGUAGCCGCCGGAAAGAAAGCCGGCUUCAACGGCUUGAAUGAGCAAGCCGCGUUCAAUUUCUUAGCCCAGUCGUUCCUCGGCGCCGACCCGAGAAGCUCCCGGCUCGGCUCCGACGCGCCGAAGCUGAUCAAUUUAUGGGUGCUUUUUCACCUUCACCCAGUUUUGACGUUAGGCCUUCCGAGGCUUCUAGAAGAAGUUGUCUUCCACACGUUCCCUCUUCCGCCAUUGUUGUUCAGGAAGAGCUACCAGAGAUUGUACGAUUUCUUCUACCAAAAUUCCUCCCGUGUUCUAGAAGAAGCCGAAGCUUUAGGAAUCUCUCGCGACGAAGCUUGCCACAAUUUGAUCUUCGCUACCUGCUUCAAUUCCUUCGGCGGAUUGAAGAUCUUCUUCCCAAACUUAAUCAAAUCGAUCGCCGGCGCCGGCGAGAAGCUCCACCUCGAAUUGGCGGAGGAAGUCCGAUCGGCUCUCAAAUCGAGCGGCGGAGAUGUCACCGCCGGCGUUACCGAAACCAUGCCGCUGGUGAAAUCGGCGGUGUACGAGGCGCUGCGAUUGGAGCCGCCGGUGCCGUCGCAGUACGGCAGAGCUAAGCUCGAUUUUGUCGUCGAAUCUCACGAGGCGAAGUUUCAGAUCAGAAAGGGUGAAUUGUUGUACGGAUUCCAACCGUUCGCGACGAAGGAUCCGAAGAUAUUCGACCGGCCGGAGGAGUUCGUGCCGGACCGGUUCGUCGGAGAAGAAGGUGAGAAGCUUCUGAAGCAUGUUCUAUGGUCGAACGGGCCGGAGAAUCGGAGCCCCACCGUCGACGACAAGCAGUGCGCCGGAAAAGAUUUCGUGGUGCUCGCCGGACGGUUGUUGCUGGUGGAGGUUUUCCGCCGCUACGAUACGUUUGAGAUCGACGUCGGCGCGUCGCCGUUGGGAGCCGCCGUCACCGUGACGUCGUUGAAACCGGCGAGUUUCUAGUCGCCGGCUGGCGAGGGGCGGGGCCCCCCUGAUCAGUCGUGGUUCAUAUUUUAAUUUGACCAGCUUUGGACUCCUAUUGGGCGGAUGUCGAGUUGUACAUUAUGCUCCAUCAGUUGCACUUUGUUUUUGUUACUCCCUAUCCUGAUACGAUGGUUUUUUUAGUGUA